GACAUCACAAAUCACGCAAAGUAGUUCACGACACAAUAGUAUUCUCCUGAAUUGCUGUUUGUGGCUGCUGAUUCCACAUACAAUCCAAACUCCACAUAUAUUUGUAAAAUAAUGUUUUGUUAUGUUCAGUACUCAAGCUCUUAAUUAGUAGUAUACGUCAUGCUCGAUUUUCUGAGCUUAAAGGGCUGAACUUCGAUCAUUAUUUUGGCUCAGGUCGAACCACACGAUAAGCUCUUGUUUUCGCCAAAGCUUCGAAGUAUUGGAAGUAGCUCAACGAGUGUGAGGAGUUUGGCAUUCUUCUAACAUUCUUAUAGAAAAGGAGAUAAAAUUGUUGAUUUGCCGACAUCUAGACAUCGUCAGCGCUUACAUCUACAAGUUUUGAAAUGGAAACAAUGACCACGCGCUGCUCUUGGGCUGCUCCUCGGCAUCCAACUCGAGUUUGGGAAGUCCUCUUAAUUGCAGUUAUGACCUGCGUCUUCAGAACUGCGCAAGUGGCAACUGCUCAAAAUCCAUGGGAAGUAACGGAGUUUACGAGGGGUGCUCGCGCUACAUAUUACGGUGGAAACGACGCCUCCGGCACCUUAGGUGGUGCGUGCGGAUAUGGUAAUCUCUUCGAAAAUGGCUACGGGGUGGAGACGACGGCUCUGAGCACCGCGCUCUUCAACGAUGGGCUCACCUGCGGAGGCUGCUUUCAGAUACAAUGCAUAGCUUCCGAGAGCGACUGGUGCCUGGCGAAUGGAACCGUGAGCAUCACUGUCACCGCCACCAAUUUCUGCCCCCCGGGAUCCUUUGGAGGCUGGUGCGACCCUCCUCAGCCGCAUUUCGACCUCUCCUACCCCAUGUUCGCUACCCUCGCGCAGCCCGUCGGCGGAGUCAUUCCCGUCCAGUACAGGAGGGUGUCGUGCUUGAAACAAGGAGGGGUGCGCUUCCAAAUCAACGGGAAUAAUUGGUUUUUCCUGGUGCUGGUGAUGAAUGUGGCGGGGGCCGGAGACGUGCAGGCAGUGGCGAUUAAAGGGACGAGAUCCGAGUGGAUCUCCAUGCAACGAAACUGGGGUCAGAAUUGGGCAUCAGACGGACCCCCAGAACUCGUCGGCCAAGCUCUGAGCUUCCGUGUCACUCUGGGACUGACCAAAGAGACCUUGGACUUUAUCGAUGUGGCACCGGCAGAUUGGCAGUUCGGGCAAACUUUCGAAGACGAUUCAGGCCUCAACUUUAAAUAAUGCUUGCAUAUCAAAAUUCGACCCCUGGAUCCGAGCACUUUCUCGUGAAAGUCAUGCCUCAAGUCUCAAAUCAGAACUCAAGCAUGACUCGUUGAUGAUUUCCCUCUUAAGUUACUGUUUUAGGCAGCAAGGUAUGGAGCCUGAAUCUAGUAAGGCGACCAUAGUUUUAAUUUCUUUCAUAUUAGAUGCUACUAUCUAAGUACGAUGCUAAAGUUAUAGUCCAUCGCAAAAGGUUUUCAACUGCCGCAUGCAGAAUGGGGUGACUUUGUGAAAUACAAAGCGCAAUGCAGACAUUUGUAAAUGCAUGACUAGAAUAGAAAGAAGUUAAUAUUCACGAAUAAUUUUGGUCUAAUAUCAUC